GAAAAACAGAGAAAUCAGUUUAAACUAAAACGUAACUAUAGAGAUAUAUAUAUAUAUAUUGAAUUUGUCAUAUUCACCUUAUAUUUGCUAGUCAAACCCUUUUGAUCUAGCAUAUAUUCCUUGUAUAUAAUAUCAAAUAGGCUUAAUCAUUUAAAAUUCAAUUUUUGGUUGAUUGCAUAAGUCUAUUAUAGAUUGAAACAUUGAGUAUAGAUUCUAAAUUUCCAAUAGUUAUAUAUAUACCUUUGAUCUUUAAAUCUACCCCCAAAUCAAUCUAAUCAAGUUAUGGCAAGAGAGGAAGACGAGGAAAGAGAGAUCCGUGAUGAUGUUUCUGACGAUAACAACAACUCUGAUGAAGAAGGUGAUGAUGCGUUAGAUUCAUCUGAUGAAGAAGAUGAUGAUGAUGAAGAAGAAAUUCAAAAAGUAAGAGAAGGUUUUAUCGUUGAUGAUGAAGAUGACGAUGAAAUUCAAACCAAAAGAAAGAAGAAACAUAGAAAGAGAAAGAGAGAUAAAGAAAGAUCUACCAGAGAUGUCGAUGAUGCUUUAGAUGAAGAUGAUUUAGAGUUAUUAUUAGAAAAUUCAGGUGUAAAACCAACUUCAUCAACUUCAGGACAAUUCAAACGUUUAAAGAGAGCCCAAGUGGAAGAAGUCGAAGAAGAAGAACCUCAAGAAGAAACGGUGCUGACUUCAAGGCGAUCCGGUUUAAAUAAUAUGUUUGAUGAUGAAGCUGGUGAAGAAGAAGAUGUUGAAGAUGAAGCAACUGGAGAUGAUAAUCGUCGUAAUAUUCUUGAUGAAUUCGAAGACUUUAUUGAAGAAGAUGAACUUUCAGAAGAUGAUGAACAAACAAGACUUGAAAAGAGAACUCAACGUGAAAGAGCAAGAUCUACCAGACCAAGAAUUGAUACUUCUAAAUUAUCUAGUGUUGAUCGUGAAAGUUUACAACAAUUAUAUGAAGUGUUCGGUGAUGGUGCAGAAUAUGAUUGGGCUUUACAAGCCCAAGAAGAUGAUGAAGAAAGACAUGCCGAAGCAAUGGAACCAACAUCAUUGGAUGAAGUAUUUGAACAUGCUGAAUUAAAGGAAAGAAUGUUAACCCAAGAAGAUAAUGUAAUUCGUAUUAUUGAUAUACCUGAAAGAUUCCAAACUUAUCGCGCCAAUUUAAAUUAUAUUAAUUUAGAAGAUGAAGAAUUGGAACGUGAAAAGGUCUGGGUAGCAAAUGCUUUAUUCAGUGAAAAACAAAGUCUUUUCGCUGGUGAUUUAGAAGCUCCAUUUAAAGCUGCUGUAGGUCAUGUGGUUGAAUUUGUUUCCAAGAGUAAUUAUGAAGUUCCAUUUAUUUGGUCUCAUAGAAGAGAUUUCUUACUUCAUUCUAGUGAAGUACAAUAUCUGGAUGGUAGAUCAGAAACUGAAGUUCAUAAAUUAUUAUUUGAAGAUGAUUUAUGGAGAAUUGUCCAUUUGGAUGUUGAAUAUCAUUCCCUUUAUGAAAAGAGAUUAAAUAUCGAAAGAAUAGUAGAUGAAUUACAACUUGAUGAUGAUUUAGUUAGAGAUAUCAAAUCUUUAGAUACUAUGGUUGCCGUUCAAGAUAUUUUUGAUUAUAUUCAUUUCACCUAUUCUGCAGAAAUCAGAGAUCUUGCAAAUAAUCAAGAAGCUACUGCAAAUGAAGAAAAUCCAGAAGCACCAGUUAAAAAUAGUAAAAAACAUUCCAAAUACGCCUUUUUCGAAAGAAUAAGAUCUAACGUAUUGUAUGAUGCUGUAAAAUCAUUUGGUAUAAGUGCCAAAGAAUUCGGUGAAAAUGUUCAAGAUCAAAGUGCUAAGCAAUUUUUAGUUCCUUAUAGAAUUCAUGCCACUGAUGAUUCACAAGAAGCUCCAGGUGUUCUUGUUGAAAGAAUUUGUGAAGAUGAAGAUGCUAUGUUCAAAGACCAUACUACUGCCAGAGAUGCAGUAUGUAGAACAUUUGCUGAAGAAAUAUUCCAUAAUCCAAAAGUCAGACAAGAAGUCAGAUCUACCUAUAAGUCUUAUGCUUCUAUUAAUGUAUCGGUCACUGAAAAGGGUAAAUCCAUCAUUGAUAAACAUAGUCCAUAUGCUGAUAUCAAAUAUGCUAUAAAUCGUUCUCCUGCUGAUUUAGUUAGUAAACCUGAUGUUUUAUUAAGAAUGCUUGAAGCUGAAGCUGCUGGUUUAAUUGUCAUUCAAGUUGAUACUAAAGAUUAUGAUAAUUGGUUUCAAUCUAUUUUAAGUUGUUUGAGAUCUGAUGGUACAUCUGAAAUUUCAGAUGAAUGGAAUGCCGAAAGAGAAUAUGCCUUAAGUUUAGCCUUCAAAAAGCUCAAUAGUAUGAUUUCCCAAAAUGCCAAGGAAGAUCUUCGUAGAGAAUGUGAACGUUUAAUCGCUGCUGAAGUUCGUACCAGAUUCUUAGGUAAAAUCGAUCAAGCUCCAUUUACUCCAUUUGGUUUCGAUAAAGGUACCAAACCUAAUGUAUUAGCCUUAUCAUUUGGUAAAGGUGAUUUUGAUAGUGCUGUGGUUGGUGUGUUAUUGAAAGAAAAUGGUAAAAUUGAUGAAUUUUUCAAAUCUGAAAAUAAUCCAGCUAGAGAUAGAGAAAAUAAAGAACAAUUCCAAGGUCAAUUAAAAGAAUUCUUUGAUAAGAAUUUGGAAUUUGUUAAACCUGAUGUCAUCGUUGUUUCCGGUUAUAAUGCUAAUUCUAAAAAAUUAUUUGAUAUUAUUCAAGAAUUUGUCGAAGAAGAAAGAAUAACCGUUAAUAUCGAUGAUUUACCUGAUGAAUCAAAUCCACCUUUAAUAUCUGUUAUUUGGGGACAAGAUGAAACAGCUAGAUUGUAUCAAAACUCAGAAAAGGCUUCUCAACAAUUCCCAGACAGACCUUCUUUAAUUAAAUAUUGUAUUGGUUUAGCUCGUUAUGUUCAAAAUCCAUUAUUGGAAUACGUUGCAUUGGGUAAUGAUAUUUUAUCACUUACCUUUUAUGAAUACCAAACCUUGAUUCCAAGAGAUUUAAUUUUGGAAGUUGUUGAAUCAGCAUUUGUCGAUAUUAUCAAUACAGUUGGUGUUGAAAUAAAUGAAGCUGUUCGUGAUCCACAUGUUGCUCAACUUGUUCCAUAUAUUGCUGGUUUAGGUCCACGUAAAGCAUCUGGUUUAAUCAGAAAUAUUAAUACUAAACUUGGUUCUACUUUAACUAAUAGAAGUGAAUUGAUUGAAGCUGAACUUUCCACUGCUAAUAUCUUUAUCAAUUGUGCCUCUUUCUUAAAUAUUCCAUAUGAUGAAAGUCUGAGUGCUGCAAGAGAUCCAUCAGUUGAAUUAUUAGAUGCUACUAGAAUUCAUCCUGAAGAUUAUGAUUUAGCUAAAAAGAUGGCUUCAGAUGCUCUUGAUGUUGAUGAAGAAGAUCUUCCAGAAAUCGAUAAUAAUGGUGGUAUCAUCUAUCAAUUAAUGCAAGAAGGUGCUAACAAAUUAGAUGAAUUGAAUUUAAUCGCUUAUGGUAAAGAAUUAGAAACUAAAUUUGAUAAAAGAAAAUUCGCCACUUUACAAAUGAUUAAAGAAGAACUUGUGAAUAAUUAUGAAGAAUUAAGACAUGGUUUCCAUACUUUGGACAAUUUAGAAGUUUUCCAAAUGCUUACUGGUGAAACUCCAGAAACAUUCGGUAAGAAUAUUUUAGUUCCAGUUACAGUAAUGAAAGUUGGUAAGAAUUUCAGAGAUGAAUCUAGUUCUAUCAAAUGGGUAAAAGUCAUUACUUCUUCUUUGAUUCAAGCUAAUAUUGAAGAAUAUAAAAUUCCAAGAGAUAUAGAUCUUGAUUUUGGUCAAAUUAUCCAAGCCGUUGUUCUUGAAGUUUUCUAUGAAAGUUUCAGUGCCAGUUUAAGUUUACUUGAAGAAGAUAUUAGACGUGCUGGAAUGCCCAAAUUCAGAAAGGAAGAAGGGAAAUGGGACUUCCGUGCUGAAUCAGAAGAUUUAAAACAAGAGCGUGCUAAAGAAAGAGCCAAACAAGCUAAAUCUAGAGGUAUCCAACAUCCUCUUUAUCAUGAUUUCAAUUAUAAACAAGCUGAAGAAUUCUUAGCUCCAAAAAAUAUUGGUGAUUGUAUUAUUCGUCCAUCAUCUAAAGGUGUUCAAUAUUUAACCAUUACUUGGAAAGUUGCCAAUAAUUUAUUCCAACAUCUUUUAGUAAAAGAUGGUUCUAGUGGUAAAUAUAAAGCUUAUUAUGUUGAUAAUAAAAAGUAUGAAGAUUUAGAUCAAUUAAUUUUCCAACAUAUUCAAGCUAUUGCUAGAAAGGUUAGAGAAAUGAUUAAUCAUCCUAAAUUUAGAGAAGGUACUUUAUCUGAAGUCAAUGAAUGGUUAGAAUCUUAUACUAAAGCCAAUCCAAAGAAUAGUGCAUAUGUGUUCUGUUUUGAUCAUAAAACUCCAGGUUCUUUCUUAUUAUUGUUCAAGGUUAACGCCAAUUCACCAGUUAUUACUUGGCAUGUUAAGAGUGAUGUUGAAGGUUAUUCAUUAAAGGGAUUUCCAUAUCCUAAUAUGCUUAAAUUAUGUAAUGGGUUUAAGCAAAUGUACAAAUCUGAAGCUUCAAAGGUUGGUGGAGCCGUUCAAAAUAGUCGUCCACAGGUUGGAACUUAUGGUGGUUAUGGUGGCUAUUAGUCAAUCAUUUGAUUCUUCGAUAGUAUGUGUAUAUUGUUUCAUUAACUUUUUUCUC